AUGAGUUUCUUUAAUUCGUUACAUCAGUACGUGACGGACAGCGUGGCCAAUUUGAAUCUAAGUCCGAAGCGAUUUACCUUCGGCCGCGAAGAUACCGCAACGGUGGCGACGACGACGACGACGGGGUCGGCAGCGACUCCUGUCGUGCAACUCGCACCGCAUGGAUUCCCCAAGGUCGUACCUUCUCCGGGAACGGCGACGUCCCUCUACGGGCGGCCACCCUCCACCCGUCGACGCCCGUCGGACCGCGCCAUCGACGAGACCCCUGCUCCGCGCAUCGACGAUUCCAACUUCGCGACCAACGGUUCGGAACCGCAGCCGACGAUGGCGCCGCUGGCACCGACGACGACGUCGACGUCGACGCCGGACUCCCGGCGCGGCGGCUCCUUUCGUCGGCCCGGCACCGCUGUCCCGACGAAUCGACCGCUCCUCGACUUCUGCCGACGCCGACCCUCCUGGCCGGAAAUCGACGCUCGCGCCACUUCGGGAGUGCAAGAGACGGACGGGUCCUUCUUCGAGAGCUUCACGGCCCUGUCCUGGAAGCAGGAGAACCGCAGGCUGAUGGCGCUACGGGAGAGGAAGGGUCGAACCGGCAAGGAGGCGGCGACCUCGACCGAGAGGGCGGCCGCGGCCCCUAGACUCGGCAGGAAAGACAUGGAGCGGCUCUACGUCGAGGUCCUGUACACGAUCGCGAACACGGUCGGUGCCAGCACCGGCCAGUACGCCCACUACAAGGAGGACCUCUACGAGUACGCGCGGGAGGCCUUCCGGGUGCCCCUCGACCGGCACCGGCGCUGCCUCGGCGCGGCCUCCGAGGAGAAGCCGCCGAUUGUCGUGCUGAGCGUCGUCGUCGUCGAGGCGGAGGGAUUGGAGGCGAAGGACGCCAACGGCUACAGCGACCCCUACUGCAUGCUGGGCAUCCAGCCGGGGAACGCCGGCCUUCCGUCCAGCCCCCGGGUGGCUCCCCCGGGCCCCCGGGCCGCCCGCGCCCUCUCGGAUGCCGGCGACCCCGAGGACUGCCACCCCGAGAAACUCAGGAAGCACCACAGUUUCAGGCUCUCGUUCAAACGGAAGGAGCACGGCAGCAGGAGGGAGCAUCGCGAAUCGCUCGGCGGAGCCGUUCCGGCCAAGUUCAUCAGGGCGACCUCGGUCAGGCCGCACACCCUCAACCCCCGCUGGGAGGAGAAGUUUCGCUUCGACAUCGAUGACGUCGCCACGGACAUCCUGCACCUGGACAUAUGGGACCACGACGACGAGUCCUCGGUCUUCGACGCCGUCAGCAAGCUCAACGAGGUCCGAGGAGUUAAGGGCCUUGGCCGCUUCUUUAAGCAGAUCGCCCAGAGUGCCAGGUCGGGCAGUCAGGACGACUUCCUGGGCUGCGUUAACGUUCCCUUGCAGGACAUCCCCAGCACGGGCCUGGACCGGUGGUACGAGCUCGAGGCCCGGACGCAGCGGAGCAACGUCCAGGGCCGCAUCCGGUUGAAACUUUGGCUCUCCACGAGGGAGAACAGGGGCACUUCCGAAGAGGACGGUUGGGGCGAGCUGCGCCAGCAGGAGCGCCUCUACGCCGUCAUCCUCGGCCACGAGGUCGCUCGGCAGGGGGAGAAUUUCGACGGGGAGCUCCCGCAGACGGCGCUGACGAUCCUGCACCAGCACGCGGUUCAAAGCGACGCGUCGGAGCUGCGACAGGCGAUGGUGCGCUGGGUGGCGAGUUCGCGGCAGCCGGCAGUCGAACCGCGGGUCCUGCUGCGCCUUCUGCGGGAGCUGGACGAUAGCUGGCACCGAGACGAGCUGGACGGCGCACCGACGUCCGCUGGAUCGGCGAGUUUGUCGCGCGACGAACAGGCCUGCCUGGCGGACUCGUUCAACGACUUCCUCGAGAUCGCUCUGGGCAAGAUCCGGCGACACCGCCUCCUGUUUCCGCCGAGCGAUGGGCCGGCCAUCGCCAGGCUCGACCACCUCCUCAGGUGUCUCGGCCUGCUCUCCUCGAUGGACGCCUUCCGCAAAUGCUGCCCCUUCAACAGGGAAAUCCGCGGGGAGAUCGUCGCGGCGCUUCGCAAGGGAACGCACGAGUGGUACGAGGACACCAGACGCCGCGCCACCACCCGCGACCAGGAGCCCGACCAGGACGCCGAUGCGGUCCUGCAGGAGCUGACCACUCUCGUCACCGCCCUCUUGGUCGACCUGCAGCUGGACCUCGAGUACUACGACGCCCUCUUCGAGAGCGCGCACCAGGUCCCGUACUUCUCCGUCGUCUAUAAACAGUUGGACAAGCUGCUGGCGGAACACGUGGCGAGGCACCUGGAGAACCCGACGGAGACGUACGAGGAGCUGGGGUCCAGGGUGACGGCGGCUUGCCUGCAGCUUCGGGUCCGCGGCCGCGGAGACGAGGAGUACGUGUUGCCGCCGCGCGCAGAAAUAGGGACGCCCGUCUUCGAGCUGUACCUCGCCCUGCAGGAGCUGGUCGGAGCGGGGGCCCACCUGCCGCCGUCCGACCGCAAGGGCCUGGCCCUCUGCGCCUAUUACCGUUGGUUCGAGCCGGCCCUCGACAAGUGGCUGGACCUGGCCAAGCUCAAGGCCGUCCAGAGGAUGGGGAGGGCCGUGGAGCUGGACGCGGUGUGCGCGGGCGAAUUGAUCGUCAAGCACUGCACCUCGGCCGUGGACGCCGUCGCCUGCUUCCAAGAGGUCAAGGAGUUCUGGAAGAAGCUAGCGUGGCCCGACGUCCCGGGCUCUUACCCCUUCGUUCUCAAGGUCGUCGACGCCGUUUGCUGCUCGGCGACGCGCUACGCGGAGCUGACGCACCAGCGACUGACGGACGCCGGCUACUACGACGAGCAGCCGCAGGCACCCUUCGGAACGAUCGACGAGGUAAUCGCCCAGAUGUGCGUCGCGGUCAACGGACUCGAGUACGUGCGGAGGUGGCUCGUCUCCCUGGAGCGGGACCUCGGCCUGGCGGAGGUCCUGGAGGCCCUAGAGGCCCAGGCUCCUGCGGAGGCGACGCGGCCGCAGUGGAGGAGCGCGCUGCUGUCGCCCCUCGAGCAGGCCCCGGGUCAAAUGCUACUCUUCGUCGACCGGAUCGUCUCCCGAAUCGGGUCCAAGAUGCGACCGGCUCUGCGGAAGGCCGCCUUCCAUCUGGCCUGGUCGCCCGACAGCCUGCCGACCGCCGAGGCCAUGACACCGCUGCUCGAAUACCUGGAUCUGCACCUGGCGGCGCUCAACGCCGCCCUGCUGCCCGCCAACUUCGACCGCGUGCUGCACACCGUCUGGGAGGUGGCGCUCGCCGAGCUGGCCGGCCAGGCGGACGCAGGCGUCGGGGACAAGCCGGCGGUCUUCUACGAGCGGCUCCACGAGGCCCUCCACUCGCUGGCGGACUCGUUCCACGCCGAGGGUCAGGGCCUGCCGCGGGAGGCACUGCGCUCCGAGGGCUUCCUCGACCUCGAGGAGCGGCUACGCUACCACCGGAUGGAGACGCCGCUGCUGAUCGAUCGCUACCAUCGGCAGCGUCUGCGGGACCAGGCCAACGCGACCUCGCAGGAGUUCGGCGUGCUCUCCGUCAGGGCGUAUCUCAACCAUGACUCGCUUUGCGUCGAGAUCAUGAGCGCCCGCGAGGUCAUCCCCCUCGACCCGAACGGCUUCAGCGACCCCUUCGUCAUCGUCGAGCUACUGCCCCGGCGGACGUUCGCCCGCUGCUCGGAGCAGCACACGAGCGUCAGGAAGCGCACCCUCAACCCGAUGUUCGACGAGUACUUUGAGUUCCCCGUCAGCGUCGAGCAGUGCCGCAGCCCCGACGCCAUGAUCCUCUUCACGGUCAUGGACCACGACGUGUUGACGGCCAACGACUUCGCCGGCGAGGCCUUUCUGGGCCUGAGCAGUAUUCCCGGGGUCGUCGACUCGAACGCCAGUAUCGACAACUUCCACGGCCUCAAGCACCUGGAGCUAUCGCUCAUGCACCAGAGGAACCGAUACCACCCGAUCCUGCGGAUCCUGGAGACCAGAGUGGGCGACAAAACGGCUCUGGAUUUCGUCAAGAAGCAGAAGCAACGACUCGCCCCCUCCACCUAGAUCCGACUAGGUCCCGUUCGAUCCUCCUCGUCUUCGUCCCGACCCGA